GUCUCGUUGUUGUCUUUGGCGGAGGGUAAGGAGAAGUUUGAUGCAAAAGACUAUGGCAACUAGAAGUAUAAUACUUAAAGCCGUGGUGCCGGCCCAAUUGCAGGCAUGGGAGAGCAAACUAGUUACUUUUCCUAGAAUAUCGAGAGCGGUAAUUACUUGUAUUCGAGUGCUAUUGAUACUAACAAUAUGAUUCAACAUUUGGCGGGUGAGGUUUUCAAAUUCCGCAUCCCAGCUCCCCAGAAGGUAACGGGAUAGUUGCAAGGAAGCAUUAGGCAGGGUACCAUUAGGUUCAAAAAUUGUGGGGGUAACACACAAGGAACUAAACAACCAAAGGAGAGGCAUCUCUCCACAUCAUCCACCCGCUGCUGCAAAAUGUCCACUCCCUAAUCGACCAACAACAGUCCAGUGCGAAGGCGUCCGGCUGCGGCGGCCUGGGGCCUCCGCAACUGAGGCGGACAAUUGGUUGACAGCAGUAGCGGUGGGGACCGCGGUGGCAAGGGCUGCAGUCGCGGUGGCGGCGGCUGUGAGGGCUGUGGCGAUGGCCGUGACAAGGGCCGCGGUGACUCCGAAGUCGCGCUUCGAUGUGGCUCCAUGGGCACGGCUUCAUCGUGUGAGGGGUUCACUGGACGGGUGAGUCUUUCCGGGACCCACACCGGGGAGCUCUGGUCCUGUGGAGAAACACAAACUGCACCUCGGUUCCAGAUGAGAACCGGGUCUGGGCCACGCCAUUGGCCGGUAAGGACAUCCUUCCAGCGCACUUGCACUGGGGAGCUGGUUUGGCGACCAAGGCAGUGGCGGUCUGCUGCUGUUUGCCCUUUGGCAUCCAAAGUUAAAAAAUUAAAAAUGAAGAAGAUUGUGUUGAACGAGGACAGGCAACGAACUGCUGUUCUCACUCAGACUCAAGACAGAUACAACAAAAGGGGUCACGAACACCAGACAGUACACACACUUAACAAAAGACUAACACCCACCACUAUGGUCGUGGCCAAUGACCCGUGUACACAAUCCCCCGCUCUGAUCGUGGGCCCUCGCUUUUGUCGCGAGCUGGAUCCCUUUUCCUCCCCCGCUCUGAUCGCGGGCCCUCGCUUUUGUCGCGAGCCGGAUCCCUUCUCCUCCCUUGCAAGCUCUGGGGCUACCGCAGAAGUCUCCCCCACCACUUAUCUACCUGGUGGGGCUACCCGGACAAACCCGGCAUGGGGGCGGCUUACCUGUCAGCUGAAAGCAGUCUCGAGAGGGGAUCCUGAAGUUCCUGGGUUUCGGCACCAGUUGUCGAAACUAACAAGUAAUGAUGAGCAGUGUCAGGACUCAAGUGCUGUGAUCCGUGAUGGUGAUUGGAGGGGAAUCUGCAUUCCCAUUUCCUGCCUCAAAGCUUAUAAAGAGUUAACAUAA